CACACCAAACCCCAACACUAAAUAAAAAAAAAAUACUAAUAAAUAACACUUAAUUCACUAAACAAAAUAAAUGUUCUAUAAUGUCUACACAUAACACGCGACUAGUAAACCAGGUUAAGUUUGGGCUAAAAGCAGAAGAAAAAGCUGCAAGUUUGUCAACUUUAGUCAAUUCAACAGGACAUCGGCAGGAUAAUGUCAAACGUGUUGCGUUCAGUAAGCAGCAGAACAGAGAAAAGCAUGGUGGAAAAACAGAAAAGCAGAGUGAUCACUGCCUUUUAUCUUGUUUGAUUACCAGUUCACCCGAUUUACGAAUGGUUGGAGGUGCCAAUGAUCCUGCCCCACGCAAUGCUGGGAAAUUGCCGCGCACUGACAGCGAAUGUCAGUUCAAUGCCCCAGGAUUUCAUUUUCUUACCAAACAAGAUGAUACGGUCAAAACCCAUGAGGUCAAGUUGAAUCCACGUGUAGUCUUGAAAAAGGAAUUGAAACACAAAUGCGAUUUCUUUGCUGAAUUUAAGGAUACGCGACCAUUUAAGAAUAAAAUCACCCAAACGCUUUACAGGGAAUCCUCUGCGCAGACCAUGAACUAUUUGCCGGAAAUUCUAGAUGCAGACAAAGAGCAAACCUUGGAGCUAUUUUCCCUGCCAUCUGUGUUGCCUGGAGCAAAUCCACCAGGUCUUCACGAAGUGGAGAUUUUGGAGCGUGCCCGAAAGCGCUGGGCUUUCAACGACGCCCUAAAGAUACACUUCAAAAGACUGCUCGAUGAGGCCAGGAAUGUGGCUUUAAAAACGCAGCACAAGGAGAUUUUGGAAGCCUUCGAGUGGGAGAACUGGAUCCAGCGGGAGGAGGACAUACAGGAGUGCCAGAUGCUGCGACUCGAGAUUGUGAUCAAGAUGUUCGACAAGAGGGAAAAGGAAAUGCACGCCGCCUCAAAUUCGCGAAUCGAAAAGGCUUGCGAGCGAAUCGAAAAGUGUCGCCAGGCGGGUUUGCGAAAGAACGAGAUCGAAUUCCAGCGGGGCAUGCGUCGUUUGGAGUUCCAAGUCACGAACACUCCGCGAAGGUGGCAAAAGCAGAGCCCAAUGUAUUCUUUGGGAUCCCCGUGCUCCGAGUUCUACGCUCCACUCUUAAGGUACGGCAUUAAUCCGGCACGACGAAACUUUGUCUCGAAAACUGAACAAAAGGCGUUCGACAUGAGGAUCGACGAGCUGGAGAAGCGAGUCAACACCAGCAACCUCAAGUGUCCGUUCAGAAAGCUCAAGGACUGGUCCAAGCCCAAGAAAUACGAAAAGGAAUACGAGCGAAACUUCUGCAACGAUGACAAUCUGCAGAAGCUCUUCGAAAACCUCAAGGCCCUGCGAACCCAGGCCGCCAAGGAGAAAGCAGAGCCAAAAUGUCUCAGAAAGCGAUGGAAGCAGACAAUGACUAGAACGGCAUCCCAAAUGAGCCUGGGCUUCCAGACCAAUUUAUACGAAGACGAGUCCGAUGAUUCUUUCAAAGAAGAGAAAAGAAAAACACCUGAUAUCGGCGGCCAGUGGGCCAAUUACAUUGAUCAGGAGAAAGCUCGAAAUUCAGAUACCAUGAUUGAAAUGUUAAAGAACGAGAGGAUUCAAGAGGGCUUGGAGAAUAUAUUGAACAUCUACGAGGGCACCUACAUUGGCUGGGUGAUGCAGUUCCUCUCGGAGGAGAUGACUCGUCUCGCGGAGCUUCGCCGACUACACUUUUUCUCGAUUAUGUGCCAAAAGGAACGCUGGAGGCGCGAGGCAGCCGAAGCUGGCUUAAGGCAGAAGGAGAACGAUAUGAGAUUGAUGUACGAGGAGUUGUUCCAGCACUGCAAUGUGGUCAACAAUGCUGUCUCCAAUGAGUAUAUCAGCACCAUUCUGAACUCGGACAUGUACAAUGUGGCCGAGGGCGAGGCUACCGAGACCGUAGGUGAGUUGGCCAGGCAAAUCGAUGCGGAUAUAGAGCGCUGGUUGGAGAGCUUCAAACUGAUUCAGAACCCCCUCACUUUUGUUCCUCUACGGCUAAUGCUAAAGGAACAGGUCUCACCCAAUAUGAACGAAGCUCUUCAGCGCCAUGAGAAAUCCCUAAUCGUGCAUUACGUGGUGGAGGAUGUAAUAUUUCGAAAAGUCUGGCUGGAAUUAGACCCAUUUGACAUAGCCAGCACAUUAACGAGCGAUCUUAUAGAUCGUCUGAUCGACAACGACUUAUACCUCAUGUCCACGGACAGCGAAAGUGAAAUACCCCAAAAAUCAUCUUGGCGCGAGGCCCAUGCCAUUGUGAGAAAGCUCAUUCGACAGGCUGUUCCUGGAAGACGCUGGCUAGAGGAUAGUGAACGCAUCGUGACCGAGAACUAUAACGAUCUAAUUGAUGACAUAUUCGCCAGUAUUUUGUAUAGCAUGGAAAAUCCACCAGCCGUCAAAUCCGCCGAUUUAAUCGAUCUGCGUAUGACUAUGUCUCACAGUGACAUUCGGAGCUCGGACGAUAUUCGAGAAAAGGACAAAUUUGAUUUUGAAAAUCUUGAUUCACUAUCAGGAUCGAACUUUCUACGCAAACAGACGUUGUCCUUAAUGAGAAAGUUCAAAAUCGACAAUAUCACAAGACCAUUGGAAAAUCUCGAUAAGGUUCCAGUCGAAGAGCAGCCAUUCGGGGAUGAUGAGUUUAUAGGAUCUCAUAUGAUUAAUCCCAUUAGCAACACCGGAAACGAGGAAAGUGAUUUAUUCAGUAUGAGAAGCACUCUGGAUAUGUCUGAAACGUUGGAAUUUUUAUCGCUUAAAGGUAGAGGCUAUAGGGUAGUGCUUCCCCAAGGUGCAGAAAAAAAUGGUGCUCUUGGGGUAUUGAAACUUCUUGAAAAAGAGGACAAUAAAGAAGAACAACUUGAAUUAUCUGGAAAGCAAGAGAAUUAUAAAGAAAUUUAUAUUGAUUCGCCCAAAGUCCCAUUUGAUCAAAUGCUAUUGUCAUCUGACACACCAAUGGAAUUAUACUAUGAGUUACCGCAACCAUCUAAAUCCCCUAACAAAGAACUGAAAAUCGAAAAAGAAGACGUAAAGCCAUUGGAUUCAAGAGAGCUAACAUUGAAACAAAUGGAUGCAACGCCAAAAGAAUUGGAACGAGUGGAAUCAACUCUUAAGGAAUUGAAACCGAUGGACUCAACUCCCAAAGCAUUGGAACUGAUGGACUCAAAUCCCAAAGAAUUGGAACUGAAGGACUCAAAUCCCAAAGAAUUGGAACACAUAGUUGACAUAGUUGACUCAACUUUCAAAGAGUUGAUACCCACAACUUUAGAUUCUAAGGAUUUGCAAUCCAUUGAUUCAAUUCCCAAAGAUUUGGAACCACCUAAAGAAGCGACUAAGAAACAGGAACUAAACAUCGAACUUGAACCCGAACCUUUGGUCUCACAUUCCAGUUCCUUUAUACCACCCGUACGUUCUUCGGGACCAAAAGUUUUAAAUCUACCGGAGAGUUUACUUAAACCUGAUGAAAUAAAGGAAAAAGCAAUCAAUAUUAAAAUGAACAAUCCCGAUGCCCAAAAAGAUACAGAAAUUGAGGAAAAAGGUAAAUCGGUUCAUUAGGCUCGCACUUUAAUAUUCCUCUUGAUGCAGUGAUUCCCAUUCAAACAAGUGACGACCAUUUGCCUGUCAAUAACAUUACUGUAGAAACCGCAAGUAGAGCGGUUUCAGAAUUUGAUUUACAAUAAAAAUAAAAUUAAGAUUAGUAGGCUUUUCUUGGCUUAU